AUGGGAUGUUGUUUAACAACUUGUAAUAAGAAAGAAGAUGACCAUUAUCAACCUAAUACUGAAAGCAGUCCUCUCUCCUCAAGAGAUGGUAGGAGGAGAUCUUCUUAUGGUCAUCAAUCACCACAAAGAUCCACCAAUGGAUAUUCACAACGACGGAGAUUAGGAAGUAGCCAUAGUAGAGACAAUCCUCAACGUAGUAUAGAUUCUCUUGUGUUAGAAACACUGUCUUUAAUAAGAACAUUGGUUGACAAUGAUCAAGAACCCCCACAGGCCAUGUUAGCUCUGCACAAAAUUGCUGAGAAAGAUUCUGGCUGGCUUGAAGUUGUGAAAUCACUAAUCCGUGGUAUUCCAUUAACAGAUCCACUUGGACCAGCAGUUAUUACAUUAUUAUUGGACGAGUUCCCGUUACCAACAAAGGAAGCAUUAAUGGAACUGAGAUCAAAUCUUCAUUUAUCACAGGAAGGCAUAUCUAAUAUGUAUAAACAACCGUGUCAGCAAAGAAAUAUUGGAGUUAUUCUUGGUUGCUUAGCGGAAAAAUUAGCUGGCCCUAAUAGUGUAUCUUUAUUAUCAUCAGAUGUUUUACAAUAUUUAAUUUCUAAUCUUAGUGUUAAUAACCAUCCUGUUGUUAUCCUUCAUUCAAUGGUGGCAUUGGAGAAGUUUGCUCAAACUAGUGAAAAUAAAGUGACCAUUAAUCAGAGUUUGGGUGAAAUGAAAACUAAUCCUCUAGUUUCAUUAGAAGCAUGGUCUAGUUCUGAUGAAUAUGCCAAGCGUGAAGUUGCCUUUUGUGCAAGAUGGUGCCUCGAUAAUCUUUUUAUGAUACAGGGCCGUCCAUUCACCUACGAACAGUUAGUUCAUGAUAAUAUAAAUGUUAUGUUAAAUAGUAAUGAUGUUAGUGAAUAUCUCAAAAUAUCAGCCAAUGGGUUAGAGGCAAGAUGUGAUGCUUCAUCCUUUGAAAGUGUGAGAUGUACAUUUCAAGUUGAUUCAGGAAUUUGGUAUUAUGAGGUUACAAUUAUUACUGCUGGUGUCAUGCAAAUUGGAUGGGCAACUAAAAACAGUAAAUUCCUUAAUCAUGAAGGAUUUGGUAUAGGUGAUGAUGAAUUCUCAAUGGCUUAUGAUGGAUGUCGUCAACUAAUAUGGUAUAAUGCUCACAGUGAACCUCAUACACAUCGCUGCUGGCAGCCUGGAGAUACUCUUGGGUUAUUAUUAGAUUUAGAAAAUCACCAAUUAGUUUUCUAUUUAAAUGGAGAUCCUCUUCCUCCUUAUUGCCAAGUCUUUUCGUGUACAAGAACUGGUUUCUUUGCUGCUGCCAGUUUUAUGUCUUUCCAACAAUGUGAAUUCAACUUUGGAGCUAAACCUUUCAAAUAUCCACCUAAAUUCAAAUUUGAGAAAUUCAAUGAUAAGGGAACUCUUACUGAAGAAGAAAAGGUUAUUCUUCCUCGACAUAAAAAAUUAGACUUAUUAAAACAAGUUUUAGUCAAGGAGGACUCAUGUACAUUGUGUUUUGAUAAACAAGCAAAUAUGGAACUACAUCCAUGUGGACAUAAUGGUUUUUGUGAUGUUUGUAGUCUUCAAUUAGAAACUUGUCCUAUCUGUAGGAAGCCAAUAAUUGAAAGAAGGGAACUGAGUAUAAGAUCAACCAACAGCUCAACUAGUUCACCUAGUCCAGAGCCUCAUACAUUUGAUAGACCAAGUUAA